CGAGUAUCCUAGUGUAUCCAAUGAAACCACACGAACAAAGCGAGUGGUAAAGUACAGGGCAGGCGCGGAUAUGUUGACCUACGUCGCUGGGAAGAGACGUCUUCCUGUACAGUGGACAGCUUGGCUCACACACACGAGGAUUCAUCCACCAACAGUUGAGGAACUCCACGCCGACUUGGAACGCCAGCGGCGUGUUCUUCAAAACGCGGCGUUGAUUGAGGCACGCGACCGCGAGGAGCGCGCUUUGCAGCUAAGAAUGGCCGCGGCGGAUCAAGGUGUGGCCGUAAAUGCCCCAGCAGUAAGGGCUGCGAAACAAGAGGCCGCGGCGAGCCCGGUACAACCCGCAGGGCAUCCGCCCUCUGCCUCGGACAUUCAUGUCACAAAGAAAGGUCUCAGCAAGUUCCGCCCGUUGGUCUGGGUCCCCAGAUCACCCGCGCCAUGUCAGACGAGCCUCAAGCCUGGAGCCCGCGUACAGUCCGAAGGGGCUAGCUCUGUUGCAUGUCUGUUGGUGAUGACGAGCAUUACAUAGUAAUCGAAUGCCGAUAAUAUGUAGAGUGAAGAGUAAUCUACUCGGUGCCGAUUCACAAUGGUGCUACGACUCGUCAGUCAUCUUGCAACUUCGUUUCACAAUGCCUGUUGAUCAGUACUGUCUGAUUACGUUCUGUGCAUUCACAUAGCACAGCACGGUGAG